AUGGCCAGAAACUCAUUCCGUGGGUCGAAGUACAAGGCAGAAGCCAAUCAUGAUGGAGAUUUUGGCUGUACACUCAAAGAGCUUCGCUCUCUCAUGGAACUCAGAGGGGCAGACGGAUUACAAAGAAUCCAGGAAUGUUAUGGAGAUGUUCAGGGACUCUGCUCCAGGUUGAAAUCAUCACCAAUAGAGGGUUUAAGUGGUCAUUCUGAUGACAUUGCAAGAAGAAAAGAAGAAUUUGGAAAGAAUUUUAUACCUCCAAAAACGCCAAAAACAUUCCUACAGUUAGUGUGGGAAGCGUUGCAGGAUGUGACUCUAAUUAUAUUGGAAGUUGCAGCCAUAAUAUCCUUAGGCCUUUCCUUCUAUAAACCUCCUGAUGCUGAGAGAGAAUACUGUGGCAGGGCAGCUGGAGCAGUUGAGGAUGAGGGUGAGGCAGAGGCAGGGUGGAUUGAGGGAGCUGCCAUCCUCCUGUCUGUCGUAUGUGUGGUUCUCGUCACUGCCUUUAAUGACUGGAGCAAAGAGAAGCAAUUCCGCGGGCUGCAGAACCGAAUCGAACAAGAGCAGCGGUUCAGUGUAGUCCGAGCUGGACAGGUCAUUCAGAUCCUUGUGUCCGAGAUCGUGGUUGGAGACAUCGCUCAAGUAAAAUAUGGUGACCUCCUUCCUGCUGACGGUGUGCUAAUCCAAGGGAAUGAUCUCAAAAUUGAUGAGAGUUCACUCACUGGAGAGUCUGACCAUGUCAAAAAAACUUUGGACAAAGACCCCAUGCUGCUUUCAGGCACACAUGUGAUGGAGGGCUCGGGUAAAAUUCUGGUCACUGCAGUGGGCGUGAACUCUCAGACUGGCAUCAUCUUUACUCUGCUUGGAGCCGGUGAAGAUGAUGAUGAUGACAAUGAGGAGAAAAAAGAAGAGAAGGAGAAGAAGAAAAGAGAGAAGGAAGAGAAAAAGAGAGAAAAUGAGAGGAAAAAGAAGGAAAAGAAAGAAAAAAUGAAAAGUAAGUUGCUCAAGCUGCUGUAUAAAGGUCAGAUUGAUUUUGGGUUUGUAUCUCAUUCAGAUAAGGUUGGAGGUACAGUGGAGAUGGAGUCCCUCAACAGUGAUGAUGAUGCAGAAGAGAAAAAAGCAAAGCUACCAAAGAAAGAGAAAUCUGUGCUUCAAGGAAAGCUCACCAAACUAGCAGUACAAAUUGGAAAAGCAGGUCUCUUCAUGUCAGCCAUCACUGUCAUCAUUCUUGUGGUGCUCUUUUUGGUGGAUACUUUCUGGGUUCAGGGGCUUCCCUGGAUCAAAGAUUGCACUCCCAUCUACAUCCAGUUUUUUGUUAAGUUCUUUAUCAUCGGUGUCACUGUGCUGGUUGUUGCUGUGCCUGAGGGUCUACCCCUCGCCGUCACCAUCUCAUUGGCUUAUUCUGUCAAAAAAAUGAUGAAGGAUAACAACCUGGUGAGACAUCUGGACGCUUGUGAGACAAUGGGCAAUGCCACUGCAAUCUGCUCGGAUAAAACAGGCACCUUAACUAUGAACAGAAUGACGGUGGUUCAAGUGUAUAUUGCAGACAGACACUACAGGAAGGUCCCAGAGCCUGAUCUGAUUCCAGACAAAAUCAUGAACCUACUUACUACAGGCAUUAGUGUCAACUGUGCAUACACUUCCAAAAUCAUGCCUCCUGAGAAAGACGGCGGUCUGCCCCGUCAAGUUGGGAACAAAACAGAAUGUGCCUUGCUGGGGUUUUCCCUUGACUUACGAAAAGAUUACCAAAUGAUUCGCAAUGAAUAUCCUGAGGAAAAACUGUUCAAAGUAUACACCUUCAACUCGGUGAGGAAAUCCAUGAGCACAGUCCUACAAAACUGUGAUGGAAGUUACCGUAUGUUCAGCAAAGGAGCCUCAGAAAUCCUCCUGAAGAAAUGUUGUAAAAUCCUGACAGCCAGUGGCGACGCCAAAGCCUUCAAGCCUAGAGAUCGAGAAGACAUGGUGAAAAAUGUGAUUGAGCCCAUGGCCUCAGAGGGCUUGAGAACCAUCUGCCUGGCCUACAGGGAUUUUCAUCUCUCAGAUGCGGCACCAGACUGGGAUGAUGAGAAUGAUAUACUGACUGGACUCACCUGCAUUUGUGUAGUGGGCAUUGAGGAUCCUGUUCGGCCAGAGGUCCCAGAUGCUAUUAAGAAGUGUCAGCGAGCAGGUAUCACGGUGCGCAUGGUCACCGGGGACAACAUUAACACUGCUCGAGCUAUUGCAACCAAGUGCGGCAUUCUCCAUCCUGGUGAUGACUUCCUGUGCAUUGAAGGAAAAGAGUUCAACAGACGGAUACACAAUCAACUGGGAGAGAUCGAGCAAGAACGUCUAGACAAGAUUUGGCCGAAACUACGUGUACUUGCAAGAUCUUCUCCAACUGAUAAGCAUACUUUGGUAAAAGGUAUAAUCGAUAGCACCGUUUUAGAACAAAGACAAGUAGUUGCUGUCACUGGAGACGGAACCAAUGAUGGCCCUGCAUUGAAAAAAGCAGAUGUUGGAUUUGCAAUGGGCAUUGCUGGUACAGAUGUGGCCAAAGAGGCAUCAGACAUUAUCCUGACGGACGAUAAUUUCUCCAGUAUUGUAAAGGCAGUGAUGUGGGGAAGGAACGUCUAUGACAGCAUCUCAAAAUUCCUCCAAUUUCAGCUGACGGUCAAUGUUGUGGCUGUGAUUGUGGCAUUUACUGGAGCCUGUAUCACACAGGACUCCCCUCUCAAAGCUGUACAGAUGCUGUGGGUGAAUUUAAUCAUGGACACGUUUGCAUCUUUGGCACUGGCAACGGAGCCUCCCACCGAGGCUUUACUGUUGCGGAAACCUUACGGCCGCAACAAGCCCCUUAUUUCCCGAACCAUGAUGAAGAACAUCCUUGGACAUGCUGUAUAUCAGCUAACAAUCAUCUUCACUCUGCUGUUUGCUGGUGAGAAGAUCUUUGACAUUGACAGCGGCAGGAACUCUCCUCUUCAUGCCCCGCCUUCAGAACACUACACCAUCGUCUUCAACACCUUUGUGAUGAUGCAGCUCUUCAAUGAGAUCAAUGCUCGGAAGAUCCACGGCGAGAGAAAUGUUUUUGAGGGCAUCUUCAAUAACUUGAUCUUCUGCACCAUUGUAUUCGGGACAUUUGUUAUACAGAUCGUUAUUGUGCAGUUUGGAGGGAAGCCUUUUAGCUGUGUAGGUCUCACUACUGACCAGUGGCUGUGGUGUGUCUUCCUUGGCUUUGGCUGUCUUCUCUGGGGUCAGUUUGUCACCACCAUUCCCACGAGUCGACUGAAGUUCCUGAUGACAGCAGGUCAUGGAACCCAGAAGGAUGAGAUCCCUGAAGAGGAGCUGGAGGAGAUGGAAGACUUGGAUGAAAUUGACCAUGCUGAAAUGGAGCUGAAAAGAGGGCAGGUUCUGUGGUGCAGGGGUCUCAACAGAAUUCAGACACAGAUCCGUGUGGUGAAUGCAUUCCGAGAUUCCAUGUCCCCUUAUGAUGGCCUGGAGACGCCAGAGUCCCGCAGCUCCAUUCACAACUUCAUGAGCCACCCAGAAUUCCAUAUUGGGUAUUCAGAGCCAGCUAUCCCCCUUAUCGACGACACAGACCCUGUGGAGGAGGCACCCACUAAAUGCAACACAAUCCCUCCCCCACUGUCUCCAAUUUUAUCUUCUCCUAAUCAGAACAAUAAUGCAUCUGAUAACAGGAGCUUCCAUCACAAUAAAAAUCUAGCAAAGACUGUCCUUCCUCCAACUCCUGGAAGCCCACUGCACAGCCUGGAGACCUCUCUCUAAUACAGCAUCAACCACGCUGAGACCUUGUCAGUGACUCCGUGAGACUUGGGCAUAUUAAGGACAAGGUCUGGAAUUCUAGUCCACUUUCAGUCUGGAAAUUGGAACUGGCAAGAUAGCGAAACUUGACAAGUGAUGGUUUUGUUUGUUUUUUAUUUGUUUGCUGGAAAUUGUGUGGUUUGAGAAUAGACAGUGUUGCAUCUAAAUAGAUUUAUGAAACUUGAUCUUGAAAUUGUCUACUUCCCCCUUUUUUCAGUUAAAUAUUUUUUUUAUAUGUGGUAUUGGCUGUUCAUAUACAUUGUAGUUGGAUUAAUUUCCAGUUCUUUUUUUUUUUUUUUUUUUUAUAGUGGGUAAAAAUUGAAGAAAAAAUACAAAGAGUUUUAAUUCCUUCAGAUCCAUUUAUUGUAGUUACUGCUCAGUUUCAUUAUGAACACACUUUUUUGAACACAAGGUUUACUAUUGGCUUUUAAAGGAAUAGUUCACCCAACUGUAACAGGUAAAGCACGGGCAAGGAGGCGGGAACUAGCUGAACAGUAAACACAUUUUUAAUGAGAAACUCGACUUAAAACAAACGUAAUCCAAUACAGACACACAUGCAAUGUGGCCGCAUGCAUCUCUCUCUCCCGAACCGGUGUCUCCAGCUACCCUUUAUCUCGCUCUCCUGCUGAUCAGCUGAUUAAGUGCGGACCGUGCUCCAUCAUGGCUACGCCAUCCUUCUCGUCACACUAACAAUUAAAAUUCUCAUCAUUUACUCACCCUCGUGUAAUCCCAGAUGAGUAUGAAUUUUAUCUUCUGCUGAACACAAAUAAAAAAAAUUUAAAGAAUAUAUCAGCUGUUUAGGUCCAUAAAAUGCAAGUGAAUGGUGACCAAGAUUUUGAAGCUCCAAAAGCACAUAAAGGGAGCAUAAAAGUAAUCCACAAGACUCCAGUGAUUAAAUCAAUAUCUUCAGAAGCUAAAUGAUACGUGUGGGUGAGAAACAUUAAUAUUUAAGUCCUUUUUUUCACUAUCAAUCUCCACAUUCACAUUCUUCUUCUUUUGUUUUUGGAAAUUCACAUUAUUCAUGCUAUUGGGCAGGGAGGAGAAUUUAUAGUAAAAAAGUACUUAAACAUUGAUCUGUUUCUCUCCCACACCUAUUUUAUCGCUUUAGAAGACACAUAUUUAACCACUGGAGUCGUAUGGAUUAAUUUUAUGCUGCCUUUGUGUGCUUUUUUGAGCUUCACAAUUUUGUUACCCAUUCACUUGCAUUGUAUGGACCUACAGAUGGCAUGAGGGUGAGUAAAUGAUGAGUGAAUUUUCAUUUUGGGUGAACUAUUCCUUUAAAGAUUAUGUUUUUUAUUUUUAGAAAGCAGGAAUCCAUAAACAUGAUAAGCCUUGUGGUCUAAUUUACUGUAAAUGUGAAAGGAUAUACACGCAAUGCCUCACCAUUAAACAACUUCUGAGGGGAACGGCAUAUCCGUUUUGGACUUUUUGUUUAAUGAAGAGUGAUCUUAUCCACUCGUACUAGAAUUUACAGCAUAAUUACACAUCUAAUGUGCAUUAGGGGAAUAAAAUACUGUCUGUUCAUAAUAUUUACAGUGGGGAAUUUAGCUCUGGCAAAAACAUGUUUGAAUUUCAUAUCUUUCUUUUUUAUAUUUUUAAAUCAACCAAAUAAAAAACAAGAAAGGUAACAGGGACACACUAAGAGCUUUGUGCACAAGCCUAUUAUUUAGCAGUGUAUUUUCUGUAGAGUGCUUUUUUAUUAUUAUUUUGAUCCUCCCCACCCCUCCAAACAACACAUGAUAAUAAUUAAUUAAUUCCUUUUCUAGGCACUCAAAGCGCUUUACAUAGUAUAGGGGGAAUCUCCUCAACCACCACCACAUAAUAUACACACCACAGCCUAAACACCACACAAGUCCCUUGAAUUUAGUCAAAAUGCCAUUUUAUGAAAUAGUAUGAUGAUAAUGUGAAGUGUAUUUGUUCAUUAUUGGAGCUAUUAUUCGUUGUGGGAAUAUUAAAACAAUUUCAACUGAAUGUGGUGUAGGAUUUAAACAGAAUUAGGGCAUAUAGGCUCUGUUUGGAUGUAUACAUAUUUAAUAAAAUAAUUUAGCAAAUAGGAAAGAAAGAAAACUGGAGAGAAUUCUUUGGUCAUUUUUGUUUGUUUCGCUGUAGUUUCAUUCCCAUUUUGGGAAUGAAAAUUUCUACAUCUGUUUAUGGAAUCUUUUUUUUUCUAUUGUAAUAUUUGGUAAUAAAGUAAUUAAUGUCUGUUAAUCUUGAGAAAUGUAAGUGGUUA